AUGGGAAAACAAAAAGACAUUUUGGAGAAUCUGGCAGGAACCUUUCAGAUCCGACAGGCCCUGGCAGACUGCCUGGGAACCCUUAUUCUGGUGAUGUUUGGUUGCGGUGCAGUAGCACAGUUGGUGCUAAGCGGAGGCUCCCAUGACAUGUUCCUCACCGUAAACUUUGCUUUUGGUUUCGCUGCAACAUUGGGCAUCCUUGUGAGUAGACAGGUCUCCGGUGGCCAUCUGAACCCAGCGGUGACUUUCACACUGUGUUUAAUUGGGACAGAGCCUUGGAGGAAGUUCCCGUUGUUCUUUUUCAAGAUCUAUAUGAGUGUCACAGCAGCAGCACAGAUUAUUGGAAAAGCUGCACUGAUCAUGUGCAUCCUGGCCAUAGUUGAUCCACACAGCAAUCCAAUCCCCAGAGGUCUGGAGCCCUUCACUGUAGGCUUUGUGGUGGUGGUCAUCGGUCUGUCGAUGGACUUGGAGUCUGGCUAUGCUGUCAGGGACCUGGGACCACACAUCUUCACAGCUCUUGCAGGCUGGGGUUCCCAUUCAUUCUCUUACAAAGCAAACACCUACUGGUUCUUUGUGUCGAUCUGUGCCCCCUUCUUGGGUGCACUGGUGGGUACGCUGAUGUACCAGCUAAUGAUUGGAUACCAUUUAGAAGGAGAAGUGCAAGAGAAGCAGAAGGAGGAGGAAAAGGAAAGGUUCAAACUUUCCAAUAUUACAACCAAUGAAGAUGCAUGA